UUAUCCACCGGAUUCAGGCGUAAUGAACAGAUAUCACAUCUAAUAAAUGGUUUAAGUUCGUCGGAUAGUAGCAACAAAUAACGUACCAACUGUGCCUUGAGUGACUUUGGUGUUUGAGAAAACGUAUGGAUAUUGCUCUAAUUGAAACGAAGACGUGUGUGCCGAGUUUUGUCGAACACGAACUGUCUAACAGCGAUUAUUUGAUUUAGCCCCCAUCUUCGAAAUCGUUUAGGCAGCGAUCCUCCCAUUUUAUCGGAUUUUUAAAAAUCACUGUGCGCGUUUCAUCACAGUGAAGAAAAGGGUGAAAAUGUUUGAUAAUCGUCCUGUUUCUCGCAAAGUAAGCAACUACAUUUAUUUCAGACUGCCACGAAAAUAGACUGCAUAGGUCAAAUGCGAAAAAACUGGAGGGUGCGUCUAUCCUCUGAAAUUGCGAAAGAGGAACAUACAGAGCUAUGAAAUAUAGAGUGAGACGCGCGCCUGAUGAGCGGAGAGUCAAAUUUCAGCGCACCUGCAACACAAGUAAUUUUCCAUCCGACUUCGGCUCUCGUUAACAUAGAAUUUCGACAUCUGGGAUUGGUGCCAAAGUGGGUGGGUCCAUCGUCAGGUUGAUUAUUUGAAUUUUAAAAAUCCUCCCUUCGGUUCCGAUAGGGGAUUGGAACCUGCUGAGUUCUUUUACAUUGUCAGAUUUACCAGAUAUACGCCACACUGUAGGGAAUAGCCUAACUGAAAUGUCAUGAGAUCUUUUUUCAAAUGACAACUUACGAAGACGAUAUAUCUUUCUUAGGGGAAUGGGGAGUCUUUCAGAAAAUUAUUUUCUAUUUGUUGAGCGCUACUUGUAUAACUACUGGGUAUGCUGGAGUGGCUGCAAUCUUUCUUGGAGACUCACCGCCACACCACUGUAGACGUCCACCCUCACACCUAAACAGCACUGCAAGCGAUGGAAACCAAUCCGUACCCUACCGGGAGGCGGAAGAUGGAUGGGUCCUCAGAAGUUGUUCUCGUUCCAGAAACAUUAGUGAAUCUGCGUUCGGAUACUGGAAUGAGAGCGAAGGUUGCUUGGACGGGUGGGACUUCAGCACUGAAAGAUAUGAAUCCACAAUUGUUACGGAGUGGAAUUUGGUGUGUGACGAGGCUUGGAAACCACCCUUCGCCGCUUCCAUCUAUUUCUUCGGGGUGCUAAUAGGAUCGUUCGUUUCUGGACACUUUUCUGACAGGUUUGGAAGGAAACCUGUUCUAUUCGCCAGCAUGGCACUGCAGAUCAUCUCCACUUUAUUGCAGGCUACGUCAACCAGCUGGGUGAUGUACUGUGUGUUCAACUUCUGUAUAGGAAUGGGGACCUUUUCAAAGUACAAUGCUGCCUUUAUCCUUGGAUGUGAGUUUCUUGUUAAUUGGCCCCGCACCGUCUUUGCCGCCGUGGGAACUUCUCUGGCCACCGCCGUGGGCUACGUCCUCCUGGUGGCGUUUGCCUACUUCAUACGGAGUUGGCGGAUGCUGCUUGUAGCCCUGGCCGCCUUUGGGUUCCUGUUCAUUCCGGUGUGGUGGUUCAUCCCAGAAUCACCACGGUGGCUCCUGUCACAGGGGAGGGUAGGCGAGGCAGAGGCUGUCAUUCGAGCUGCCGCCAAGAGGAAUGGAGUCCCUGCACCUGAGCGCAUAUUCAAGAUGGAGGACACUGCCCUCCUGAAAAAAACAGACCACAAAAUCAGGUAUGACCAAGUGUAUUCAUACCUUGAUCUUUUCAAAACGGCAAAUAUUAGGAACAUGACCAUCCUCGUCAUCAUCACAUGGUUCGUGGUGGUGUCGACAUUCUUCAGCCUCUCUCUCAGCACCCCCAACCUGGACGGGGAUCCCUACCUGAACUGCUUCUUCUCGGCGUCCGUUGAGAUACCAGGCUACGUUGCCACCUUGCUGUUUGUCUAUUACUGCAGGCGUACCACUGGCCUCCUCACCCUAAUGCUGUUCUCCGGUUUCACACUGCUGAUCAUUCCAUUCAUCCCGCAAGAUCUGAGGGUGCUGAUCAUUGUCCUGGUGAUGUCGGUGAAGACGGCCGUCGCUGCGGCCUACAGCUUCAUCUACGUAUACUGCCUGGAGCUGUACCCCACCGUGGUGAGAAACAUGGGCCUGGGCUUGGCCACCAUAAUGGGCUGCUGUGGCAGCAUGGCUGCCCCCUACAUCUCCUACAUCGGGGAAUAUAACCAGUACGUCCCCUUCUGCCUACUCGGAAGCCUCUGUGUAUUUGUGGGGGCAAUCAGCAUUCUGCUCCCCGAAACGAAAGAUACAGGACUUCCGGAAAUCAUAAGCCAAGUGAAACCACUCAGCUGUAAAUGUGGGAAGGAGCCGGUUGCUGUCGAGAUGAAGACAGAAGUUUAAAGGAAGAGAGAAAAAAAUCUCUAAAGGAGCUGGUUACCAUCGAUAAUUGCAGCCAUAUUAUGUUUCUGCUGGGGUAUGUGCAAUUAUGUUGUAUUAUAAUUAUUACCAUUCAAUUUUAUGUUACAUUUAAUUUACCGAUGGAAAAGGAUGUAUUUUACUGGGUUUUAUUUGUUCCUUUGUACUUUUUUAUUUUCAACAAAAGUGUUGAUAAAUAGUCUUAUGAGAGUUAUUAAAGGAAAUGUGUGCGUGUGUGUGUAUUUUAAUUUUCAGUCCCUCUCUCCUCCUGUUUUUCACUAGAUAAAAUAUUUGGCUUUCUUUUAGUUCAGUCAGUUUUUGGGCAACAUGAGAGGAAGUUUAUAACAGUGAAUUGGAAGUGGGCACUUAGGUCUGGCGUUCUACAUGUCAUCUCUGGUUCUUCUGGAAUAUUCUUCUGUCUUUUGGUUCUUGCAUUUUGGAUUACUUUGGGACAAAUAAGCUGGGUUUUGUGUCUUCUCUCAUUCAUUUCUUGUGUGACUGCCCAUGUCUGUAACCUUUGUUAAUUGUUUCAUGGUAGUUGAACCUUGUCUUUA